AUGGCAACUGCAAGAAAAACGCAUGAUGACUACACUAUAGGUUGGGUAGCCACUUUAGGUUUUGGGGUAUCGGUAUUUCGGGCGUUGUUGGACGAAGAACACGAGUCUCUUCCACAAGAUGAUCGUGAUGACAACAGCUAUGUUCUUGGCCGGAUGGGGAGCCAUAAUGUUGUUUUGGCAUAUCCCGGAGAGUCCAAGACAGCCCUUGGUGCCGAAAUUCUAUCCCAUAUGGCCUACUCCUUUCCCAAAAUUCAGCUGAGAUUGAUUGUGGGAGUAGGCGGCGGUGCUCCGCAGCCAAUACAAUCCGAUCCGAAAAAGGACAUUCGACUUGGCGAUGUCGUUGUUGGCUUUCCCAAUGGGGAUAAUAAUUGCGUGGUGCAGUGGGAGAAGAGCACGGGGGAAGAGGGCAGUUUCGUGGCGAAAUGCCAUCUUCAUGGGCCUCCUCCAGUACUUAUCAACGCCAUCAAAGCGCUGCAAUCGGCCCAUCAGGCUGAAAAUGGCAACAUGCAGCAAUACAUUGAUCAAGUCCUCCAGUCAACUUCCCCCGGCAUGGAAACCAUCAAGCAUCCGGGAUUUGAGAGGGAUCGACUGUUCCGAUCAGGCUACAUGCAUAAGGGUGGGGAGCAGAAGAGUGCAGACGUCUGUGCGGCAUGUGAUAAGGGACAAAUCAUUCAGCGAACACCAAGGGAACCAUCGCAUGUCAUGGUUCAUUACGGUCAGAUUGCCUCUAGCAACAAAGUGAUGAAGACUUCUAAGAAGCGAGAUUCUCUGAGAAAAGAGUGGGGGGUUCUCUGUUUUGAGAUGGAGGCGGCCGGUCUCACGGAUGAAUUUCCAUUUCUUCUAAUCAGGGGUGUCUGUGACUAUUCGGACAGUCACAAGGAUAAAAAAUGGCGGUCCUUUGCCUCUCUCACGGCGGCCGCAUACGCUAAAGAUCUCUUGAUGGUACUCCCGUCGCAGGAGGACGGGGCUAUGCCGCUGGCAGUAGGAUCUGCUGGGGAGGAAUCUCAAGUGGGAAAGGGAUUAGGUGUGGAAGAAGCAUCUGAAUCUAACAGAGGCUCUGAAACCGAGAGGGAAACUGGUACAGAAAGAGAUUCUGCGUCUGGAAUGUCAGGAAUGAGCGGAGAAUCUGGGUCUGACGGAGAAUGGAAAGCCAAAGAUGAAUCUAACACGACGGACGGGGCCAUCAGAGACGCUGAAGCGUCCAGCCCUGAACGAGAAAGGAGCUCUGAAAAAGAAUCUGUGGUUCCAGGAAAAUCGGGAGCUGUGGAGGAGUCAGGGUCUACCAGAGGAUCAAAAGCACCGAAGAAGUCCAAAAUGCCAGGCAAAACUAAAACAACGAAAGAGAAUAAGGCGGACAAGUCUGAAAUCUCAGGAGACGCUGGACUUGGGGGGGAGCCUCAGACAGAAGGGAGGUCUGAGGAAGCUAACAACGCUGAACCUCAAGUUGAAUCUGGGUCAUUGAAGAAAUCAAAAACCAAAAAAGGUGGAACUGGGAAGAAACUUGGAUCUGUACGAGUUCAAGAAGCUGGACAAGAGGCUGGGUCUGCGACGGAAUCUUUGGCUUCAAAGGCACCCCCGAAAGAACCCGGAACCAAGAAAAAGGCCGGAGCCAAAUCAAAAGGAGCCUCUAAAAUCACAAGAGAAGAUGGCACUAUGGCAAAGGCUGGGACUACAAAGAAGGCUGGAGAUUCAAGCAGUGCUGUGACGACAGGUGGAGGAACCAUGGAAGCUAUGGAAGCCAUGGCUAUUGGGAAGACUGAAGAGUUGAUGCAAACCAUGGAGAUUGGAAAGAUUGAAGAAGCAAUAGAGGCCAUCACAGUUGGGAAGGCCGGAGAAGCCAUGGAAGCCAUCGUGAUUGGGAAGACUGAAGAAGCGAUGAAAGAUGUGGCACCAAAAAACCUGAUGGGAGCCGCGACGACAAGAAAAACGCUAGGUACGAUGCAAGCCGUGACGGCUACGAAGCUUGGAGAGACAAUCGAAGACAAACCGGCCAAAAAAUCGAGAGGUAUCAGCCGAGCUGUGACCUCGAAGAAGCCCAGCGGUGUGAGCGGAGUUGCGAAUACAAAGACUGGAGGUGCCGGCAAAGCCGCUGAUGUGAUGGAUUUUCCGGCCAAGGGAGAAGCUCUCGUUGGUAGACCGAAACCCAAACAGGAACCCAAGCCUGAAUGGCGCGAAGCAAAAACAGAGUCCAACAUCAAACAACAGGUUGCCAUUUCGAGAGUCUCAGAAGCUACAAGGACGGCAAGCCAUACGAGAGCCGAAGCACGAUCGAGAUUCUGUGGAUGUAGGGGAAGGUGCUGGACACUAGUCCCUGCUCUCCAGUGUGCCUCAGCCACAGAUCUCUCGGAGGCUGUGAAAAGCGGCAAUCUAUGGAAGCUGAGGGUGAUACUUCACAUGGGCGUUGACCCCAAUAUCGCGGAACAUCAUGGCGGCCAGAGCGCGCUGCACGAAGCAGCGUACUGGAACCAUCCCAAUGCGGCCAUGAUUAUCAUGGGGUUUAUGGGUACAUGUGAUAUUCAUGCAAGGAAUCACGAGGGACUGACAGCGCUUGAGGUGGCAAGGAAGCGUGGUAGUGAGGAUGUCGUUAGAUUGCUGGAGAAUUAUCGGUGA